UUCGAUGGCUACAAACAGCCCACCCGAUUACCAGAAACUCUGGUUGGAGGCAAAGCAGAAACAAGAAAAUGCCGAAGAGAGAGCAAGACGUGCCGAAGAGGACGCAAGACAAAAAAAAAUGAGCUCGUUCGACCGACCACUUUCAUGGAGCUCUUGUCACAUUGCCACAAUCUCUUUUUACUCGGGUUGAAAGUUGCGUCGCUAUCUAAGUCGACCCAAGGUUCGGUAAAUAAUCCCAAUAAAAAGCUUUGUCCAAUCAGGCUGCGUCCUUGGACUGAAUGCAACGCUCAACAACAGGAUGUGUACGACAGAGUAUGUCACUAUUUACAACCUACUAUUGAGGGUGAGGUCGCUCCACACUUAUUCCACUCCUUGAAUACCAUUCAAGAAAAUACCCCGAGAUAUGUUGGGCGACCUAUCAGCAGUGAAAAAGGUCUUGAAAAUUAUGAGAAGAACUGCGUGGAAGGCCACGUAGGCAGUGUUAUCUCAGAACUGUGCCAGAUCCCAGCUGCUAAGACGGAUCAAAAAUCACGCGAACCCAAACCAGAUCAUUUUUGCAUCCGCGAAUUCGAUGACGGGACAAACAAUCUUAUCCUUGUCGCCGAAUACAAGCCACCUCAUAAGCUCUCAGUGGAAAAUCUUCGGGCUGGACUUCAGCCGAUGGAGCUUUACGAGCAGGUAGUCAAACGAAACACAAUACCUACAGAGCCAACGGAGAAAUUACAGUAUAAUGCAGAAAUUUUGACGGCUUCCGCUCUUGUCCAAACUUACGAUGCCAUGAUCGAAAGGGUCGUGAAUAUGGUGUGUUAA